AUGGCGCGCGCUAGCCUCCCAGAUCUAGAGUCUGGCACGACGACUCCCGGCUACGCCAGCCAGGCCGACUCUGUCGACCACCAGCGACAGUCCGAAAAGGUGGAAGCUGCUGUUGCUACCACCAAUGAGCCGCCUGAUGGCGGAAGAGCCGCCUGGACCCAUGUACUCCUCAUGCACAUAGUCUUCUUCAACACCUGGGGCGUCGUCAACGGCUACGGGGUCUUCCAGGAGUACUACACCAAAGCCUUGGACCGCCCUCCCAGCGAUAUUGCCUGGAUUGGGAGCGUGGAGACGUUUCUGCUGUUUGGCAUCGGCGUAGUCUCGGGGCGCGCCACCGAUGCGGGCUACUUCUACCCCGUCUUCUAUGCAGGUGUCUUCCUGGAGCUGCUUGGUGUCUUCAUGACGUCGCUCGGCACGCGGUACUGGCACUAUUUCCUGUCGCAGGCAGUUUGCAUGGGCAUUGGGAAUGGGUUGACGUUUUGCCCCGCGCUUGCUAUCCUGUCACAGUAUUUCCACAAGCGCCGCGCCUUUGCAGUUGGGCUUUCGGCGGCCGGCGCGGCGAUUGGCGGCUUAGUAUAUCCGAUCCUCAUUAAUCGGCUGAUUUUUUAUGAAAAAAUUGGUUUUGGGUGGACAAUGCGCUGUAUGGGUCUCAUCAUGCUCAUUACAUACAUUCCUUGCCUGUUCUUGUUCAAGCCCCGUUUACCGCCGAGGAAAACUGCCGAUUGGAUCGACACGACGGCGUUCAAGGAUGUCCCCUUCAUAUUCUUUACCGUCAGCAUGUUUUUUGCUUUUUGGGGCUUAUACUUUGCGUUCUUCUUCCUUGGCACAUUUGCGCGCGAUCAAAUCGGUGUCGCGCAGCCGAUCUAUCUUCUGAUCCUACUCAACGGCGUCGGGGUCAUCGGUCGCAUUUCGCCCACAAUUGUGGCCGACAAGUGGUGCGGCGCCCUCAAUCUUGUCAUCGUUAUUGGCCUCGUUUCCAGCUUGCUGGUCUACUGUUGGGCGGCCGUGCAAUCUUCGGCAGGGCUCUAUGUGUUCGCCGUCAUAUAUGGUCUUGUGGCGGCCGCACUGCAGGCCCUCUAUCCCGCGGUGGCUACUACCAUGACGCCUCAUCCGAGCAAGACGGGUACGCGUGUUGGCAUGAUUCUGUUCUUUGUCAGUUUGGCAAAUUUAACGGGACCUGCUAUCUCAGGAGCCAUAAUCGAGCGGUCUGGAGGCAGCUAUCUUGGCGCGCAAAUGUUUGCUGCAACAUCUGUGCUGCUGGCCACCGUCAUGGCUGUGGCAGCGCGUGUCGCAAAGGCUGGCUGGAAGCUCCGUGUAAAAGUCUAA